AAAAACAAAAAAAAAAAGAGGAAAGGAAAAUAAAAUAAAAGUAAAAAAUAAAACAAAACUAAAACAAAAAAUAAAGAAGAAGAAAAAAGGUUGAAUGAUAUUCAUUCAACGAUCCACGUUAUAAGAAAAAGGUUCGAACGUUUUAAAAUGCAGCCGAACUUGUGCAAUUUCGUUCGGGAAAGUUUCAAAGGGACGUCAAAAGGAUCUCUUGGAGCAUUUCUUCUUCCUACUUCGAGAGUACACGAAAAUGGCGAAGGGGGUGAUGCCGGUGAGAGAGAAAGAGAGAGAAAAAGUGCUGGAUAAAUUCGUGCUAGAAGAAACCAACGAGCUCCGAUCGAAGAAACUCUUCCCCUUGUUCUUAUUCUUAUUCUUCUUCUUCAUCUUCUUCUUCCUCUUCUUAUUCUUCUUCCGAUGUUUCUAGAGAGAACUAAAAAAAACUUCUACAAAUAACAACAACGUUAAAGGAGGGGAAAAUAAAAAAAAAAAAAAAUAAAAAAAAAAGGAAGAAAAGAGAAAGAAAAAGUUGAUGAGCAAAGAAAGGGACGUGCGGCAUUAAAAAAGCCGAACAACGAGUGGCAAAAGUUCAAAGAUCGAAGGGACGAUACGAAGGAUCAAGGAAAAAGUUACACAAAGUCAGAACUUUAUAGAGAACAUCAAAAGAAUGGUACUUUAUUUCACGAGAACUAAUCGAUCGACGAGUCUCACGUUUCAUUCGUUUAAACGUUCUAACCACCCCCCACCAACCACCUAUCCAUUUGUCAAGUAAGGUACCAGCCAAUUAGGAGCAAAGCAUCUUGGACAAGUGGACACAAAAAGGUGUCAGAAAGGACAAAAACAGAAGUAGACUCUCUUUCUGUGUGUGUGUCUGGGGGAAAAGGAAGUCUAUUCGAAUAGAAAAAAGUAAUACGACGAGGGAUCGUUUGAAGAAAUGGCCGCUGGCUCAGCGGUGGCAAUGAUAGGAGCAAAUUUAAGGUUCGGCAUAGGUGCCUCCGGAAAUGUCACAUCCAACGCUACUAAAGUGUUCCAGUGUCAUCCCGGUGGUGUUGCAGAAGCUACCGUUAUAUUUAGCCUUGGUGCUCUUGGAAUGGGUGCAAAUAUUAUACUCAUGUCGUUGAUAUUAGCAAAGCAACAAUUACGAAGAUGGUCUCAGGGCUUAUUAUUCCAUCAAGCAAUGGUGGAUUGUGCAAGAGCUGCAAUAUUACUGCCCUUGGGUUCGAGUAUUUUGAAUUGUCAACCAGUUAACAAAUGCUCUUUAGUCGAGACAGCUUUCCUACUACUUGUAACUGUUUCAACAGUGAAUAUGCUCACAACUGUUUUAAACGAUAGUCCCGUAUUCCCAGAAAGCGACGAGGAAGCUGAAUUAACAACUCCUUUGCUUAUGGACUCGCCGCAGUGCGUACUAUUUGGUACCUUCAUGAUAUGGUUUGCUAGCAUAACCAUAAAUCUUGGUCCUACGUUUCUAAGCGGUGCAUUGGCAGCUAACACGGAAAGUGGACACAAUGCACCGAGUUGUCCAUUGGUGCAUGGACCCUUUCGUCACUAUAUUCUCAAUGUUCUUUGGAUUGUCAUUAAUAUCAUUUGCGUGGCCCUUACUCUAUUUCAUUUACGAAAACUACACAGAGAUUUGACUAAAGCUAAUGUAGAAGCUGUUCGUGUAGCUGGUCUUGUUACUACAUUGGUCAACGUCACCGGUGCUCAUCAAAGAAGAUCGAGUACUGUUCAAUGUGAAGAUGACACGAACGAUUCUCGAACUCCAGUUACACCAAAAAGAAGCAGUGCUUUAGAGGAGCACAGAAAGAUGCGAAAUUAUUUAAAAAGAAUGGAACAAGAAGGUGUACAAAGGGUAAAAAUGUUCCUGGUUAUUACAGCAGCGUACGUGAUAUUUUGGGGACCAUUAUUUUUCGUCACGCUAGUGCAUCAUCCUGUCAUAGGAAACGCACUUGGUUACGAGGUCACUUUGCAUAUAGCCUACGUACACGCAUUCGUAAAUCCAGCUUUAUUUUUGACAUUGCAUCGAGGUUUAAGGCAAGGAAUGUCAGAUGUUUGCUGUACCUGUUGUGAGAGCAUAGCACGUUGGAUUUUAGGUAGUACGACAAAUAAUACUAUCCAAAGUGUGCAGUCACCAAGAUAUGAACAACCAUUGAACGUACCAUCACCACCGGAUCCACCCUUAGUACAACCUAUAUCUGCAGCUGCUUGUGAUCUCACCGAUGUUGCACUUUUGAAAGCACCUUCACCACCGACCGUUAAACAUCUUAUCGUUGGCGAUCAAUUACAACCAGAUCCAUGGAGAUUAAUUUCAAGAUCGAAGAGUAGUACGUCGAGUCUUUACGAUGAAGAAUUAUCAAGAAGACCGAGUCUUUUAUUACCACCACCACCCCAAUUGAGCGAUCAACAAAUGACGAUGAGUCCUACAAGCAGCGAUAUACCGAACGAUUAAAAAAGUUCAUCUACUAUAUUAAAUUAUUAUAAAUAUGACAUAUAUAUAUACGAUUUUAUUUCUAUAUGUGUGCACAUACGUAUUUAUAUAUGAUAUACGGAAUGUUUCGUAAUAUGUGGGACCCACUUCAGAAAUGAACAAGAAACACAAAAGCAUCCUGUUUAUUACAAAACACCCUGUAUAUAUAUAUAAAAGAAUCUUGUCUAAUUAAUGAAGAACUACAUCAUUAAAAUGAAUGAAUUAUUCCAAUAUAUUAUUUUUUGUAAGAAAUGAAUAUAUCUUUCUAAUCGGAUUAUAGAACAAAACGUUAUCAUGAAGACCUAAUCGAUUAAAGAUCCAUAAAUUCGUAGAAUCUAAUUAAACUAAUGGAAAGUCAAUACGUUACGAAUCGAAACAGAAAUAAAAUUAUCAUAUUAAAAUGAUUGUUUUAUCGAAACAUUUUUAAUCUUUCCGAAAUUAUCUAAUGUGGAAUACGUGUGUGUGUGUCGUAUAUAACUUAUUUAAAACAAAAAAAAAUAUUUAUAAUAUUAGAAAAUACAAAAAAAAGUAUCCCUAUACAACCCUAUAGUUAGAUAAAUAAUUCUAUAUGUGUGUAUGCAAAAUACUUGCAGAUAAAAAGAAAUACACGAAACAUACUAUUUAUAUCUCUUCUUGUGCAUUCAACGAAUGAUAACUUUUUACAAAAAUUUUUAUUCGCGUAAAAUUAACCAAGAACAACCCAUACAACAGCAAUAACAAAAUUUAUUCAAAUGUUUAAUAACGAAAGAAAUGAUUAUGAGGGAUGAAUAAAAUCAAAUUUAAAAUUAUAAACGGAAAAGAGAAUGGAAAAAAGUACGCUUAUUAUAAUAUUAUUCAUCUUAUUUUACCGCAAGAGAACACGAAAGUAUUGGACAUCUUUUUUUUUAACGAAGAACAAAAGAAACGAACAAAAAUCCCAUUAUUAUUUCGCAAAAAAAAAAGAUAAAAAAGAAACAUGUUCGAA